AUGGGUGCAUGCGACGGGCCAUGUGCGCGCUUUCGGCGGGGAGUCCUGGCGAAUGGCUGGGGACGGUUGCAUCUGGCGUCGCGUGCCGUCAUCUCUACAGCACUACCGACGUCCGCGAGCGACACCAGGCGAUCCGCUGGAGUCUCGCGAAGGCAGACUGCUGCUCUUCCGCAUGGUCAGGCUCUAGUUCACCUCGGUCGCACCUCCAUUCUCCCGUCGGCGUUGCCACAGGUUAUGCUCCGGAGUCGCUACACGCCGCUGGGGUGCAAGUCCUCGCUUCCUUCUCACCUUUCCACAGGCCACGCGUACUUUUCCCAUACAAGCAAGUCGGCGCAUCUAAGCUCAGAUGAAGACGAAGGCCAGACAGCGCAAGACACAACAACGGUGUCCUUCGGUGCCCGUCAGGUUCCGAAGGCGCAGAAGCAGCACCUGGUGGCGUCUGUUUUUUCGUCUGUGGCUGAACGCUAUGACUUAAUGAAUGAUUUGAUGAGUGGGGGUUUGCACCGUUGCUGGAAGGACGCAUUUGUGGAUCUUGUUCAGUUUCCCACACUGCAGCCGUGCUCCGCGUCCGGCACCGCGUCUCCCAAGGGAGACGCAACGCCGCCACGCCGCUUUCGAAUUCUUGAUUUAGCAGGUGGAACAGGCGACAUUGCGUUUCGCUUCGUGGAGAGAGCCGAGGCGCAGUGGAGUCAGCAACAAGCUAUUGAGCGGAGGCGCCAGACGUUUUCUGCUGCCGCUCGGAGGGAGCCGCGGGAGGCGACAAGCGUGCCGUCUACUGAGGUAUCCACGAGCGGUCAAACCGCUCAACCUUCUUUCUCCGGUAUCGACGUGACGGUGUGCGAUAUCAACGCGGACAUGCUGCGUGUAGGUCAGCAAAGAGCUGUCGAGCGCGGCCUGCAGGUUUGGCCGAUUGUCCGUUCUCACCAGGAGGUGGAGGCGCAGCUCGCAAAGCAGCGUGCUCAAGAGGAGUUCGACGGGCGCAGAGUAGGGGGCUUUGACGGCAAAGGCAGUGACCGCGGGCGAGUGGUGGGCAGUCGCGCGGCCUGCUCCCAGGGUGAGGCUUGCCCCUUACAUCUGCAGUGGGUCUGUGGAAACGGAGAGCAACUCCCCUUUGCUGACGAAAGUUUCGACGUCCUCACGAUUGCUUUCGGUAUCCGGAACUUCACAGAUAUCAAGAAGGGCCUCGCAGAAUCCGCGCGGGUACUCCGUCCAGGCGGCAGAUUUUUGUGUCUAGAGUUCAGUCGGGUGCAGAAUCCCACGCUUGCUGCGAUGUAUGAUCUCUACUCGUUCAACGCACUGCCGCUGAUGGGAAGUCUCGUUGCAGGCGACCGCGAUGCCUACCAGUACUUAGUGGAAAGCAUCCGGAAAUUCCCGCCUCAAGAGGAGUUCGCGGCCAUGAUAGCCGACGCAGGCUUCCAACACGUUGCCUUCUCGAAUCUCACCUUUGGCACUGUUGCCAUACAUUCCGGUUUCAAGCUUGGAGGGGCAUGA